AUGGCGAUGAGAGACCUUGUCAACGGCGGAGCCGCCUGCGCUGUUCCCGGGUCUUCUUCUUCCUCCAACCCUCUCAGAGCUCUCACCAACGCCAUACUUGGUUCCUCUUCCAAAACCCAGGAAAGGCUCAAGGAGAUACCUAAUGCGAUCCGUUCAGGUCCUGGGCCACAGUAUUACUCUCAAGACCAACACCUAAGCUCACUUCCUGGUUCUGAGUUAGAUCAGCUUAUUCUACAACCUGGUGCUCAGGUUAAUGCUUUGCAAUGCUUCCGCUCUGUGGAUCAGAAUGGUCUCAGUGCAGCUUGGGAUGAAGUACAGCGUGGUGGACCUAUGCCUCCAAUGGGACCUAUGUAUGAGCCAGUUCAGCCCACUUUUGAUGGACCCCCACAGAGAGUCUUGUCAAACUUUCUGCAUUCAUUUGUUGAGAGUAGCCGUGGUGGCAUUCCCUUUCUUCCACCACCUCUCCCUCUGCUGGGAUUGUCGCAAAGUGACAAGCAAUGCAUACGUGAUCGUAGUAGCAUAAUGGCCCGGCAUUUUUUUGCCGACAGGGGAGAGGAAUUCAUCAAUUCUCAGGUAAACGCAUUAUUUUCAUCUCUGGAAAUUGAUGAUGGCAUUCAAGCUAGAGGUCAUAUUCCUGGGAGAUUUCGAGAGCUAGAUAAUUAUUGGAAUGAGUCUCAAGCUGUUACGAAGCCUGGUUUGCAUCCUGCAGAUAGUUGGGCGGACGAAUCUAACCAGCAUGGAAUGGAUCAUGGUGGUCCUGACGGAUGGGUCCAGUCUUUUGAGCAACAACAUGGUGUGAAUGGGUGGGCCACCGAGUUUGAGCAGGGUCAAUCUCAAUUGAUGUCAAACCAAAUGAGAAGUAUGAAUAUGCAAAAUAUAGCUGCAAUGGAGCAGACUCGUAAGCUUGCCCAUACACUCUCUCAGGAUGGCAAUCUGAAAUUUCAUAAUUCAAAAUUCCUCCAGUUUGUUUCAAAGAUGAGCCGGGGUGAGCUCAUUAUUGAUCAGAACGAGGUCAAACCAGGAUCAGCCCUGGGGGAAUGGGCUACUGAAUCGAACAGCAGUAUCUGGGGCCGCCAAGCUGGGCUGAUCAGUUUGCAAAUGAGAAAGUAUCUUUCACAUGGACCAGAACAGUGGGCUGAUGAGUUUGCUUCCGGGAGAGUACAGCAAGAAUCAGCAGAGGACCAAUGGGUUAAUGAGUUUUCGAAGCUGAAUGUUGAUGACUGGAUUGAUGAAUUUGCUGAAGGGCCCCAAGCAGCGCUUGCACUGGAAGCUGAGGUUAUGAAAAAUCCUGAGAAUGCUGAAGGUUGGAGAUUACUUGGGGUCACACACGCAGAGAAUGAUGAUGAUCAACAGGCAAUAGCUGCAAUGAUGCGGGCACAUGAGGCCGAUCCACCAAAUCUAGAGGUGCUUCUUGCGCUGGGUGUGAGCCAUACCAAUGGCCAGUGCCUUUUCGAGCAAGAAACUGCUUUGAAAUACUUAUACGGAUGGCUGCGGAAUCACCCCAAGUAUGGAGCGAUCGCGCCUCCAGAGCUUGCUGACUCUCUAUACUCUGCUGAUAUUGCUAGAUUAUUCACAGAAGCUUCUCAUAUGAAUCCUGAGGACGCUGAUGUGCAUAUAGUGUUAGGUGUUCUCUUCAAUCUGUCAAGGGAAUUCGAUAGAGCAAUGACUUCCUUCCAAACAGCGUUACAAUUAAAACCAAACGAUUAUUCUCUUUGGAAUAAGCUUGGUGCCACACAAGCCAACAGUGUCCUGAGUGCUGAUGCCAUAUCUGCUUAUCAAUUUGAUCAAAACUUGCCUAAGCUCUAG